AUGAAGACUGCCAUUCUACUGUUUUGUCUUCUAGGAUCAACUCACUCAUUACCACAGUUCAACCCUGCUCUGGAACUUGCUCCCACAAAACAGGCUCCGGAUCAGGAAACACCUCUAAACCAACAGCAGCCAACUCAGGUCUUCCCUGCUUUAAGUCUAAUACCGUUAACACAGAUGCUCACACUGCUAAAUCCUGCUGCAGGAAUGACACCAGGUGCCCAGACCCUCCCAUUGACCCUGGAAAAGCUGGACGGUCAACAGCAGCUGCAACCACAAAUAUUACCAAUUAUUGUAGCACAACUUGGAGCCCAGGGCACUAUCCUAAGUUCAGAGGAAGUGCCAGCCGCCCCACACAUCUUCACCGGCCUCCUCCUCCAUCCCUUGUUCACCAGUCAGACAUCGGCUAAUGCAGAUGGCCAGGAUGAAGUCCUUCCUACAGGACAAGCAGGGGUCAAUCCUGCCAUCCGGGCAACCCCCGCGGAUGAUGACCUUGGAGUGACCACCCCCGCGGGCAUCCAGAGGAGCACACCUGUGACCGAGGAAACCACCUCGGAGUCACCAAAGGGAAUUCAGUAA